CGUCUCAUAGCGUCAUUGCACCAGUUUUGCCAGUGUUAUCAACAUGCUCAAGGUUAGCCUCCUAUUUGCGCUAACGCUCAGUGUUGGCGUACAGUGUGAGCCAAGCUCCGAAACAUCAAGUGUGGUUAAAGAUGGGUUUGCGUUCGAAAUGAUCAUGACGAAAUUAAAAUUGCUUGAAGAUCGCCUCACUCAGACGGCACAACUGAUGGAAAAUAGUAGUGAGUACAAAUUCUGCAGUGCAGUUCCCGCAUCCGGUGUGUACAAGAUUCAACCGGAAAGCCUUUCAGAUCCGAUCACUGUGCUGUGCGAUCAGGAGUACGAUUCGGGUGGAUGGGUUGUGAUACAGCAUCGGUUUGAUGGAUCGACAAACUUCUAUCGAAAUUGGAAGGAGUACAAGCAUGGGUUUGGAAAUCUGGACGGCGAGUUCUGGCUGGGGUUGGAUCGCAUUUAUCAGCUAACAGUGUCCCGGCCGCAUGAGCUGAUAGUGCUGCUGGAAGAUUUCGAAGGUAACAGUACGAUUGCAAAAUACGAUCUGUUCGAAAUUGGUCACGAGGAUCAGAAGUACGUUGUCACGAAGAUGGGUGGAUAUUCGGGAACGGCAGGAGAUUCCUUCAGUGGCACGAAAGGGAUGAAGUUUUCCACGUUCGAUGCGGAUAACGAUACGUGGGAAAACCAGUGCGCUGUUACGUUUGCUGGAGCAUGGUGGUACAGCAACUGUCAUUCCAGCAAUCUGAACGGAAAAUAUCUGCGAGGAAAAACGGCGGAAUAUGCUACCGCAAUGGAAUGGUCCAGCUUUCGAGGGCACCACUAUGCGCUGAAGUCAGCUAAAAUGAUGAUAAGACCAACACGUGCUUAGUAAACUUUCGAUAUAACAAUUUUUAAAAUAAAGUUAGUUGCAAAGAAUAACGCGUGCUGUAAAA